AUGGUGCACGCAGUUCUUGAGCCUUUGAGGGCCACCGCUCCAAAGUCCUCGCACACUAUCAAUGGAGACCACCGAAAUAUUCCUAUAUCGACUACCUCCCACCCGGACAACCCUGUUCCGGAGGAACCUCGCGGCGUUCAAUCGUUGUCGUUCACUGAUAUGUCCUUCAAUAGCUCCGCAUCAUAUUCUUCCCAGGAAGCUGAGACCAGCACGGACUCGGACACCCCUUCGACACCUGCCACCGAACUUCAGUCCGAUACCGAUGAAUUAGCACAGGAAAAGACUGCGGGUGACCAUAAAACUGGGCGCCAGCGCAGCGCGUCAACGGUCCUCAUCUCCCAGAAUGCUGAGGACAUGAGGCGGAUCUUAGAGAAUGUUAGUAUUGGCGGCACACAAAAGGUUCAGCCUCUUUGCUGCGGCGGUGGAUGCUGCCGAAGCCAGCCCCUGACCAGAGUAUCCGAGCCUGUCUCUGGCGUCAACAUCGUCACUCCUCCCGAGAAUCAGGCUUAUCGGGACCUCAACCUGAAGGUGGAUUUCCUCACGCUGGACAGUGAACUGACCAAUGUUGUCGGUCUCCCUGAGAAGACGGUUUCUUUCUCAUCCAUCCCAGCCUCUGCGGUCGACAUGAAACUAGGACCUGCGGAUCACCCACCUCCUUUUGUUCAGCCUCACCCCCCAUACAACGUGUAUCGUGCUCCCCUAUACCAUGCCCGAGAACUCACCAAGCCUGGUGCGGAGAAGCGGACAUAUCAUUUCGAUAUUGACGUGACCGACUAUCCCGCAGAGAGUGGAAUGGUUGACUUCGUCGUGGGAGGUGCUAUUGGGGUGUGCCCUAGGAACAAGGAUGAGGAGGCUGAUGAUAUAUUUAACCAGCUCGGUAUUCCCAAAGCCAUUCGGGACAAGAAGAUCUCAGUGCGCACGACCAAGGGCCGGUGGCCCACGAUCUGGGGCGAUGACAAACCCCGGGAGCUGAUCACCACCCGAAGAGAGCUUCUCAAUUGGUGCGCAGACAUCCAAAGUUAUGCACCUACUAAGGCGCUGUUCCGACUGCUGGCCGAAUACAACAGCGAUCCCAACGAGAAGCAGAUCCUCAUGUUCCUUUCCUCCGCCCAAGGCCAAGGCGCCUUCUGUGAUCUCCGCACCGGCUCCCAUGUGACAGUUUCUCAGUUGCUGCAUGCCUUCCCCUCGUCUCAGCCUCCUUUGGACCACCUUCUUUCGGCUCUGAACACUCUGAUGCCCCGAUUCUACUCCUUGUCGCAAGAUCCGCUUCUCUCUUGCACGAAGGGAGCCCAGCCCCGUCGAUUGGUCGAAGUCGCCGUCAGCGUAGCAGAAUCGAAGGACUGGAAAGGUGGCAUGCGGACCGGGGUCGGGUCUGGAUAUCUCGAAAAACUAGCGCGACGGUUGAUAGAUGCGGAAAAGAAGGGUAUCGAUCCUCGGACUCUCAAUUUGCAUGUCCCUAUGUUCCGGGGACUGAUGGCCAAUCCGCUGGCCAAGCGGUUUGCCUCUGACGGACCGAUGUUGUUGAUUGGCGCCGGUGUUGGAGUUGCUCCAUUCCGUGGCUUCGUGCAGCGACGACUGCAGUCGGCCAACUGCGCCAACAAAGUGUGGGUACUCCAGGGUGUUCGCGACUCCCUGUUAGACGAGCUCUACCGAGGCGAAUGGGGCGUUGAUGAGGAGAAGGUGCGAACUGUGGUUCAGAGUCGUCGUGGCGAGAGCAAAUAUGUACAGGAAGAAGUUCGUCAUCAGGCCGACCUGGUCUGGUUCGUAAUCAACGCUCUGGACGGACGUGUCUUCGUCUGCGGCAGCAGCAAAGGUAUGGGCGAAGGCGUCGAGGCAGCCCUGGUUGAUGUCGCCAUGGCCAAGGGUAACCUGAACGAAGAAGAAGCCAGACAAUUCUGGGAAAAUAAAAAGGAAGCUGGCCAGUAUAUUGCCGAAACAUGGUAA